AUGAAGAAGAAAAUCACUGGACAAAUUCGUAUUUGUGUUGACUUCCGAGACUUAAACGAGGCUUGCCAGAACGAUGACUUUCCAUUGCCCAUAAUUGAGCUCAUGGUUGAUGCAACCACAGGUGAUGAAGCCUUAUCUUUCAUGGAUGGUUCAUCUGGAUACAAUCAAAUAAGAAUGUCACCAGAGGACGAAGAACUCACAGCCUUCCACACUCCGAAAGGAAUUUACUGUUACAAAGUGAUGCCAUUUGGCCCCAAGAAUGCAGGUGCGACCUAUCAACGUGCAAUGCAAAAGAUCUUUGGUGACAUGCUUCAUAAGAAUGUCGAGUGCUACGUUGAUGACCUGGAUGCUCCUUUUGUUUGGGAUGAAGCUUGUCACAAUGCAUUUGAAAGCAUAAAGAAGUACCUAUCGAGUUCACCACUGUUAGGAGCUCCUAUUCCAGGCAAACCACUCAUAUUGUACAUUACGGCUCAAGAGAGGUCAAUUGGAGCCCUGUUGGCGCAAGAGAAUGAGUCACAUAAGGAGCAGGCACUCUAUUAUCUAAGCCGAACUCUUACUGGUCUCGAAUUGAACUACACGCCUAUAGAAAAGACGUGUCUUGCACUUGUCUUUGCUAUUCAAAAGUUAAGGCACUACAUGCAAGCAUUCACAGUUCAUCUAGUUGCACGAGCUGACCCGGUGAGGUACGUUAUGUCAAAACCAGUCUUGACGGGGCGUUUGGCCAAGUGGGCAUUACUUCUCAAUCAAUAUGAAAUCAUCUACACUCCAACAAAGGCAGUAAAGGGGCAAGCUGUUGUAGAUUUCCUAGCCGAUCAUCUAAUUCCAGCAGACUGGGAAAUUUCAGAUGACUUACCCGACGAACAAGUCUUCUUCGCUGAUAUUUCUCUUGCUUGGAUGAUGUUUUUUGACGGAUUGGCUCGUAAAGAUGGGGUGGGGGCUGGCGUAGUCUUCCUGUCACCCGAGAGACACGUAUUGCCCUACUCAUUCUCUUUAAGUGAACUUUGCUCGAACAAUGUUGCAGAAUACCAGGCUUUGAUCAUGGGCUUACAAAUGGUCGUAGAGAUGAAGAUAUCGAGCUUAGAAGUAUAUGGUGACUCCAUGUUAGUGAUCAACCAAUUGUUGACCCACUACGAAGUUAGGAAGGAUGAUCUAAUUCCAUAUCACCAAAUGGCCACGCAAUUACUGGAAAGGUUUGACUUCGUGACGCUGGAGCAUGUGCCAACGUUAUCUCGGUAUUGUCCAUUGACAUUGACGAUUGGAGGCAACCUUUAA